AUGUAUCUUAUAUACAGAUAUGGUGAAGCAAUUGAAUGUUAUCAAGAAGCUUUAAUAUGCUUGGAAAAAGAUGAUCCGCUUGUCUAUACAACUAUGAUUAGUGUACUAGAAAAAAUGGGUUUCAUUUUUAAUAUUCAACAUCAAUACGAUGAAGCAUUGAAUGCUCAACGUCGAGCUUUACAAAUUCGGAACGAAAACAAACCUAUUGAUCACUUAAUGAUUGCCAAAAAUCUUAAAGAAAUCGGUAAUAUACUUUUUAAACAAGAAGACUAUGAUGAUGCUCUAAAUUAUUAUCAACAAGCAUUAACGAUAUUUGAAGAAAAAUACCCCAAAAAUCAUAUUGAAAUAACUAAUUGUUUACGAGAGAUUGGUCUUGCUUGGAAUUCAAAAACAGAUUACGAUCGUGCUGCGGAAUAUUUCGAGAAAUGUCUGCAUAUUAUAGAAGCUAGUGUAUCUUUAGCUGAUCCUAUGAUCAGUGACAUUAUACUCUAUUUGAGUCUAGUAGAAGAAAAAAGAAAUCAUCGUGAACUUUCAUUGGCACAUGAAAUCAAUUAUUGUUUGAUUUGUCUUAAAUUUCGACCAUUAGAUCAAAGACCUAUUGGUUAUAGUUUUUCUCGAAUUGGUCAACAUUAUGAACAUUUGAAUAAACCAAUAUUAGCCAUUGAUUAUUAUAGACAAGCGUUAACUAUAUUUCAAAAUUGUUUACCAGAAUGGCAUGAAAGUCGAAUAGAUAUGGAACUAAAGUUAGAACGACUCUCGAAAGAAACAAUCAUGUGA